UUAUCUUCUUAAUUAAUUUAAGAUUUCUUUAAAUCUAUAAAAUUAAAGCCUCAGUAAUUUUUAAUUCAAAAGAUUAUCCAAAAAUUGGUUAAGCUAUAGCUCUUUUAAUUUUCAUGCAUACGAAACAUUCAAAGAUUAAAGAAGAAAUUUUAAUUUUCAACUAUGUAUGUGUAGCUUAUUGUAGAAGUCCUAAAUAAUGUUAUCCCGCAAAUCUGAAGAAACAGUGUAUUCUAUUACAGAAAUGCAGGAAAAUCAUAAGAUUUGGGAAAAUUUAUGCCGAUUUUGUGGUGCCAAAUGUUUUAAGGCUCAUGAUACACCGUUAGAUAAAAAUAUUUUAGAUGUUAUUGAAAAAUUAUUUUCUCUUUCGGCUGAAAAUUUCAUCAUUUUUAAAGUGUGUAUUGAUUGUUUUUCAUUUAUAGAAUUAAUUACCAAUUUUUAUAACCAAGUCAAAAAUGUUUCCCAAAUAAUUGAAAAAGAAAAUUUAUGUGAAUAUACACACGAAAAAACCAAUAAGGACCAGUCUGAAAUAGAUGAGGAUAUAAGUGAAUCUAUUAUGAUAAAGUUAUUCAAUGAGAUUGUUAAUGAAGAUAACACGAACGAUGCUCAAAUAUGUGAUAAUAAAUCAGAAAACGCAUCAGUUAAUUUUGUACCUGAAGAUUUAAAUACGGAAAAUAAAAAACCAAACCAUUUAAACAAAACACGUAAGUGCUCUCGUUCUUUUAAAAAGAAAUAUGAAAUAUGUGAAUUAUGUGGGAAAAAAUUUCUAAAUGGUAAAAAAUUGAAUGAGCAUCAGAAAUUUCAUUUCUCUGAAAAUGAGUUUAUUCCUGAUGGUCGGAAAAUGUCAAAUAAUUUUCAAGAUAAUCCAAAAGUAAAGAAGAAAUAUGAAUGUCAAAUUUGUGGUAAAAUAUUUUCAAGUAACGUAUCUUUGGAAGAACAUAGAAAAUUGCAUUUACCUGUUGAAGAAAAACAUUCAUCCUUCCAAUGCCCGCAUUGUGAUAUGACAUAUCCAAAAGUAGAUUCAAUGCUGUUUCAUAUACAGAGUAAACAUUCAGUAGAAAAAUCAUUCGUAUGUAAAUUUUGCAAUAAAGAAUUCGCUUCUCGUAACAAUUUGUACGGACAUCAAAGAUACAGUCAUGAUGAAAACGAUGAAAAACCAUGCCCAAUUUGUCAAAAAAAAUUUACACCUUUUAGAAUGAUGAAACAUUUAAAAAAUCAUCGAGAAGCAAAUUUAUUAUGCACUAUUUGUGGAGAUUUAUUGAAAUCCAAAUAUAAUCUCAAGCGACAUAUGCUAAUUCAUUCUGAAACUAAAGCCUAUAAAUGUAAUUACUGUGAAAAAGACUUUAGACUUCGUGAAACACUCAAAUUACAUAUGAUAACCCACACAAAACUUAAACCAUUUUGGUGUAGAUUUUGCAGUUCCACUUUUGUUCAAUUAUCAAGUUGUAAGGAACAUGAAAAAAAGAGGCAUCCAAAAGAAUAUCAAAAAAAAAUUAAAGAUAAUAAAACUUAUUGUUCUGAGGUUGUUGUAAAAUUACCAACUCUUAAAGAAUUAUACGAAAUGUUAGAAAAAUUAAUACGAGAAGAAGAACAAGAUUUCGAAGAUUAAAAUUUAUCAAUCAAGUUAAUUUUUCGUGGUCGUUAUCAACCAUUAAGGAAAAAUAUUGAAGGGAAAGUGUAAGAACAAAAAAACCAAUUUUGUGAAAAAUUGGUAAAACAUUUUUUUAAAUAUUUCACACAAUAAAACAAAAUUGUGUGUAAAAUGGAAAUUUCAAAACUUCUUAAAGCUAUUGUUAAAAUUUGGAAAACAGUAUUUUUUUUUGCCACUUUAUUUGAAAUAGUAGAUGACAAGAAGAUAGGAUUUGAAUUUAAAUAGAAUAUUUUAAUAUACAGUAUAAUUUAGUUUGAUAACCAAAACUCAAGGGUAUAAUUAAUUUUGUUAUCAUGUUGUUGGUGGCCUGUCAUCAUUUGACCAAGUUUUCCUUUUUUGCUUUUAGUAGUUUGUCUGUAAAAAAAUAAAAAUUAUAGACGAUUUCAAAAUUAAAUUUCAUAUAUCUACAUUGUGUCCUUUUCUAUAAAUUUUUUUAGAUACGUGUUUAGUAGCAAACUUCAGAAUAAAGUAAGAUAUAUAUGAUUGGGUUAGAAAAUGUAUAGUAUAAUUGUGGAUUUGCAAAAUAUGUUCUACAUAUUAUUUUUUUUUUAAUAUAAAAAUGUAAGAAAACUUAGUGAAGUAUUUUAAAGAACAUGGACUUUGUUUGAUUGUCUUGUUUUAUAAAAUUAUAGAAUUGGUAAUUGAUUAAAUUUAAAAUUGAAUUAUAAUUAGAAUUGAUACAAUUUCAAAUUUUUCACAUGUUAUAUAUGAAAUUCUGCAGGAGACCGCUAAAUGUUUUGCUGUGAAGUAUUUAUUAUUUAUUUGACAUUA